AUGUCCAACGUCUAUGUACUCCAAAGGCCGCACCAGAGGCAAUCCCUUCCCCACUCUCUCAGGGCUUUAACUCUGAAGGUUGUUAACAAGGCAGACAGACCCAUUCAGAUUGGAAGCCAUUACCAUUUUAUAGAGAACAAUCCUUACCUGGUUUUUGAUAGGAAAAGGGCCUCCGGCAUGAGGUUGAACAUACUUGCUGGAACAGCUGUUCGGUUUGAGCCAGGGGAUGCAAAAAGUGUUACACUUGUAAGCAUCGGAGGUCAUAAGGUAAUCGGAGGUGGAAAUGGCAUUGCUGAUGGUCCUAUUGACAGUUCACGGCUUAAUGAGGUGAUGCAGAAGGUUAAUGCAAAUUGUUUUGGACAUGAAGAUUAUCCAGAUGCAAGGGAAGGUCUUAUUGGUGAUGGUCCAUUUGACUGUACUGUUGAUCGUGAGAAGUAUGCGAGCAUUUAUGGACCUACCACUGGUGAUAAGAUUAGGCUUGGUGAUACCAAUCUUUAUGCUGAGCUUGAAAAGGACUUUGCCUUUUAUGGUGAUGAGUGCAUAUUUGGCGGUGGAAAAGUUCUGCGUGAUGGCAUGGGACAAGCUACAGGGUACCCAGAAUCUUCCUGCCUAGAUACAGUUAUAACCAAUGCUGUCAUCAUUGAUUAUACCGGAAUAUACAAGGCUGAUAUUGGUAUAAAAGGUGGACUUAUAGUUGCUAUUGGAAAGGCUGGAAACCCUGAUGUCAUGGAUGGUGUCCAUAGCAACAUGAUUGUUGGGCUCCCCAGACUUCCUCGACUGAUCGUCGCCACCUGUUGGAUGCUCGCUAUGCCACAUGGAGAUGAUUAA